CUUGAUCAAGCAAGCCUCUCUCUUGCAUCUCGAGAGGACUACCUAGAAAACACCACAGAAGCCAAAUCUUACCGAGAUGCUUUUUUGCAGUUCAUGGUGGAUACAGCAGUGCUCCUGGGUGCUAACGCUUCACGAGCCGAAUCUGAUAUGAAGUCAGUUCUAAAACUGGAAGUUAAAAUAGCUGAGAUCAUGAUUCCAUAUGAAAAUCGAACAAGUGAGGUGAUGUACAAUAAAAUGAACAUAUCAGAGCUUAGUGCCAUGAUUCCACAGUUUGACUGGCUGGGAUAUAUCAAGAAAGUGAUUGACACCAGACUCUAUCCUGAGCUCAAAGAUAUAGGUCCUUCAGAAAAUGUGAUUGUCCGUGUUCCCCAAUACUUCAAAGAUUUAUUCAGAAUACUAGAAAAUGAAAGGAAAAAGACUCUUGCCAACUAUCUGGUGUGGAGGAUGGUUUAUUCAAGGUUAUUUAACCUCAGUAGACGUUUUCAGUAUCGGUGGCUGGAAUUUUCUCGGGUGAUCCAUGGAACCACAACUUUGCUGCCUCAGUGGGAUAAAUGUGUGGACCUCGUUGAAAGUGCUCUCCCCUAUGUUGUGGGUAAGAUGUUUGUGAAUGCCCAUUUUCAAGAAGACAAGAAGGAGAUGAUGGAGGAGUUGACCGAAGGAAUUCGCUGGGCUUUCAUUGACAUGUUGGAAAAGGAAAAUGACUGGAUGGACUCUGAAACAAAACGAAAAGCUUAUGAGAAGGCAAAAGCAGUUAUGGCAAAAGUGGGUUAUCCUCAGUUUAUAAUGAAUGACACAUAUAUUAAUGAAGACAUCAAAACACUGAAGUUUACAGAGAGUGACUAUUUUGGCAACGUGUUGCAAACUCGCAAAUAUGCAGCCCAAUCGGAUUUCUACUGGCUUAGAAAAGAAGUUCCAAAAACAGAGUGGUUUACAAGCCCAACUACUGUAAAUGCUUUUUAUAGUGCAUCUACCAACCAGAUCAGAUUCCCAGCCGGAGAACUGCAAAAGCCUUUCUUUUGGGGAACAGAGUAUCCUAGGUCUUUAAGCUAUGGUGCCAUAGGAGUAAUUGUUGGCCAUGAGUUUACUCAUGGAUUUGACAGCAAUGGUCGGAAAUAUGACAAAAAUGGAAACUUAGACCCUUGGUGGACAUCUGACUCUGAAGAAAAAUUUAAAGAGAAAACAAAAUGCAUGAUUAAUCAAUACAGCAACUACUACUGGAAGAAAGCUGGCUUAAAUGUGAAAGGCAAGAGGACUUUGGCAGAAAACAUUGCGGAUAAUGGAGGUUUGCGAGAGGCUUUCAGGGCAUACAGGAGAUGGAUUGCAGAAAAGAGGGGAGGAGAAGAAGAGCCUUUACUGCCAGGCCUUGAGUUCACACACAACCAGCUCUUCUUUCUGAGUUAUGCCCAUGUAAGAUGCAACUCCUUUAGACCAGAAUCUGCGAGAGAGCAAAUAUAUAUUGGAGCUCACAGCCCUCCUCAGUUCAGAGUUAUUGGUGCCAUGAGCAACUUUGAAGAGUUCCGUAAAGCUUUCAAUUGCCCAACAAACACAACAAUGAACAGAGGGGCAGAAUCCUGCCGGCUGUGGUAG